AUGGGCGCACAACAAUCAUCGGAUUCGAGCGCCGGGCCUUCAAAUGCACCCACGGUCGCAGAGAGGACAUGUUAUUAUGAGCUGCUGAGCAUUGAACGUGAUGCGACAGAGGAAGAGGUUGAAUAUGCGACCCAGCGUUUCGCCGAAGUCCAAACGGCGUACGAAGUCCUAUCCGAUCCGCAGGAACGAGCAUGGUAUGACUCCCACAGGGACUCUAUACUCAGGGGAACAGAGGAUACCGACAACGGAAGUCACCCGACGACGUAUCGCAACGUUCGCUUGACCUCUACCGAGGACAUCCACUCGCUCAUAAGUAAAUUCAAUGCCAGCGUUCCCUUCAAUGACGAGCCUUCUGGCUUCUUUGGGAUCCUGCGGGAGACAUUUGCCCAUCUUGCCCUGGAAGAGGAGGCGGCCGCGGACCAAGGAGAAGACCCGCGCAUGGUAACCUUCCCAACAUUUGGCUCGGCUGAGGAUGAGUAUGAGUCUUCCGUCAAGGCCUUCUACGCCGGUUGGUCUGGGUUCUCGACGCGGAAAUCUUUUGCGUGGUUCGACAAGUAUCGACUUUCCGACGCGCCUGACCGCCGCGUUCGUCGACUUAUGGAAAAGGAGAACAAAAAGAUCCGCGACGAUGCGAUCCGUGAAUUCAACGAAGCGGUGCGCUUCUUACUUGCAUUCGUCCGCAAACGGGAUCCUCGUUAUGCACCAAACACACGAACUGAUUCCGAGCGUCAGCAGUCGAUGCGUGAAGCCUCGGCUGCUCAAGCUGCAAAAGCCCGCGCGGCAAAUCAGCAGAAGAUGUCAACCUAUAAAGCUCCGGAGUGGACUACCACACGAGACGACAUCGGUGUCGAGGAUGGAGACAUAUAUGACGCCAUGAGUGAUGACACAGAGGAUGCAUCCGAAGAAGAGUUAUUCGAGUGCGUGGUGUGUGAUAAAACCUUUAAGAGUGGGAAGCAGCUUCAGUCUCACGCGCGAAGCAAAAAGCACCUUAAAGCCGUUGACAGACUACGGUGGCAAAUGCGUAAAGAGGGCACCGAUCUGGAUCUAGAGCAUGAAACUGUUGAAUCCAAGGUUGGCGGUCUGUCGUUCGAUGAUGUACGGUCUGAUACUACGGCUGCUGAAAUCAACGCUCCGCAAGAUGCCGGUUCUGAUGCGAGCGUUGCUGAAAAAGCCAGGGACAAUGUUGUCGAGAACUUGGACCCUGACGACACCAUCCGCAGCCACGACGAAAAGGAAGACCCUGGCGACGACGAAUAUGCGCCUCGAAGUCAAAUCGAGGAUCGUUUGAAUGACUCGCAGCCCAAUUUUCAAAGACCUCAGGUAGGAUCAGAUCUUUCGCAGCAAGACGAAAAGCCGGCGGAAAUGGAAACAAUACCAGGCAAGAAGAUGGGCAAAGCCAAAGCCAAGCGCGAGAAGAAGGCAGCCCAGCGUCGGCAGGACGAAACACUCGUAAGCCGAUCCCCUCUUCUUUCAAUUAUUAACCUCUGA